AUUUUUGGAUUUACGGAUAUAUCCCAAUAAAAAAAAGGGGGAUUUUUUUUUUUUUCUAAGAGCCCUAAUCUAGCACUCUCUACCUCAUCUAUCUUCCAGUUCCUGCGAGUUUGAUAUCAUGCUUUCGAAGAAGACGACAUACUUGCAGUAACUCAUUCAUCAAUCCUCUGCUCCUUGUUCCGGCGAUAUUUUCGAUCUCCUCUAAGAGAUUAUUAGAUCCUCAGUGCAGCGGUUUAACCCUCUGAUACUUAGCCUCUAAUGCCCUGGAGAUUCUGUGGUUUAUUGCAUUAGUUUGAGUUUUCUGUUUCUGUAUAUUGAGAGAAAGGGUAUUGCAAUAUGAUGGGCACAUUAUCAAUAUUACCACUUCCAGCUCCACCAGAAGAUGGGGAUCUUGGCCCAACCCCACUUUCUCAGUUGCCUCCUGAUGAUGAGAUGAAAGAAGCAGAAGAUCAAAACAAAGCUAGCAAAGCGAGUUCAGUGGCAACGCAUACAAGAACCAUUGGAAUUAUCCACCCCCCACCGGAUAUUAGAAACAUUGUUGAUAAGACAUCUCAAUUCGUGGCAAAGAAUGGGCCCGAGUUUGAGAAGAGGAUUAUCGCCAGUAAUGCAGGGAAUGUGAAAUUUAAUUUCCUAAAUGCUUCAGAUCCUUACCAUGCUUAUUAUCAACAUCGGUUGUCGGAGUUCAGAGCACAAAAUCAAUCUUCAGGACAACAACCGCUUUCCCAGCCUGGUGAUUCGAUGGCCUCGGAGGCUGAGUCUGGUGUCCUUGCCGAUGGUGUGGCUGCUGCAGAUGAGAAGCCUGAUCCUUCUGCGCAAUUCAGACCUGUUCGUAAGGUACUUGAGCCUCCAGAAGCUGAACAAUAUACUGUAAGGCUGCCAGAGGGGAUUACAGGGGAGGAAUUGGAUAUUAUUAAGCUUACUGCACAAUUUGUUGCUCGAAACGGAAAAUCCUUUUUGACAGGUCUUACUAGUCGAGAGAUGAACAACCCCCAAUUCCAUUUUUUGAAGCCUACACAUAGCAUGUUUAUGUUUUUCACUGCCCUUGCUGAUGCCUAUUCUAAGGUUCUGAUGCCUCCAAAAGGCUUGACUGAAAAGCUAAGGAAGAGUAUUGCUGACCGGACAACAGUCCUUGAGCGGUGUUUGCAUAGGCUUGAAUGGGAAAAGUCGCAGGAGCAAGCUAGGCAGAAAGCUGAAGAUGAAAUUGAGCAAGAAAGAAUUCAAAUGGCUAUGAUUGAUUGGCAUGAUUUUGUUGUGGUUGAAUCAAUUGACUUUGCAGAUGAUGAAGAUGAGGCACUGCCUAUGCCAAUGACUCUUGAAGAAGUUAUAAGGAGAAGCAAGGUUUCAGCGAAGGAUGGGGAUGAAGAGGAAAUUGUUGAGCCAGGAAAGGAGGUAGCGAUGGAAAUGGAUGAGGAAGAGAUGCAGCUUCUUCAAGAGGGUAUGACAGGUGCUACCCUUGAGGAAAAUGGUGAGGAAAAGAAGGACGAGGUUAAGGCUGCUAUGGAUGAAGAUGAUCCUCCAAUGAGAAUUGUGAAGAACUGGAAGCGACCUGAAGAGAGAAUUGCUGCUGAAAGAGACCCAACAAAGUAUGUGGUUUCUCCAAUUACCGGUGAACUGAUUACCAUAAGUGAGAUGUCAGAGCAUAUGAGGAUUUCUCUAAUUGAUCCGAAAUACAAGGAGCAAAAGGAGAGGAUGUUUGCCAAGAUUCGAGAGACAACCCUUGCUCAUGAUGAUGAAAUUUCCAGAAACAUUGUGGGACUUGCUCGUACUCGUCCAGAUAUAUUUGGUACUACAGAAGAAGAAGUAUCUAAUGCUGUCAAAGCGGAGAUAGAGAAGAAAAAGGAUGAGCAGCCUAAGCAAGUCAUAUGGGAUGGUCAUACAGGGAGCAUUGGUCGCACUGCAAAUCAGGCUAUGUCGCAGAGUAUGGGUGGUGAGGAUCAAAGUGAGACCAGUUACAAUGAUGGGAGGUCUCUCCCUGGUCCAGCUGCUCCUCCUCCACCGAGACCCGGUGUUCCUAUGCUUCGUCCACUUCCUCCCCCAGCUAAUCUAUCUGUGAACAUGCCUCGUGUACCAACCAGCAAUAUUCAGUAUUCUACUCCAACCUCUGGUGGGCUUAUGGCACCACCCCCACCUCGUCCUAUGUACACUUUAAGCCAAAUGGGUCCUCCUCCGCCACCUCCUAUGCAAAUGCCUCCUGGACAGCAGCAUAUGAUGAUGAAUCGCCCACCAAUGCCUCCAGCUGGGUCCAUGAACCAACCUGGUAUGCCAGUGCCUCCUGCACCUGGAUCUCAAUUUACACUGCUUGGUGUUCACCGGCCCUUUACACCUGUUCCACAACAUGGUAUGCCUGCUCCACCAAUGCCUCAAGGAAUGCUGCCUCCACCCCCACCACCUGAGGAAGCUCCUCCUCCACUUCCUGAGGAACCAGAGCCCAAGAGACAGAAGUUGGAUGACUCUGCAUUGAUUCCAGAAGAGCAGUUCCUUGCUCAACAUCCAGGACCUGUCAGGAUCAACAUAUCUGUUCCCAAUGUUGAUGAAGGGAACCUCAAGGGACAAGUUUUGGAAAUCGUCAUGUCCUUGAAUGAAACCGUUGGCAGUCUGAAAGAAAAAGUAUCUGGGGAAAUUCAACUUCCAGCAAACAAACAGAAAUUGAGUGGGAAGGCUGGUUUUCUCAAGGAUAAUCUCAAACUUGCUUAUUACAAUAUUGGAGAUGGAGAGACCUUGACUCUUUCUUUGAGGGAGCGUGGUGGCAGGAAGAGAUGAACAAAUUACCUAGAGAACCCAACGAAAGACCCUUGUUGGAGUACUACUUCCUAAGAAUUUUUCUAUAUAAUCCUGUUCGGCCAUGAAUAUUUCUUUUGAGAUGAUAUCUUGAAUUUUUUGUGCCCAUGUAUCUUAAGUUCAGCCGUGCAACUUCUUUAUCGUUGUUACUAAUCUGAUUCUAUUUGCCUUUGCAGCUCAUCAGUUCUGCUCACAAGUAGUCAUGUCAUGAUUCUGAUACUAACUUUUCUUCGAGUAUAGCUGACCUCAGUACCAUAAUUUGUUGUUUUAGUCUGUAAUUGGAUAUUUGAUUAUUUUAUCUUAGUAGUGCUGAUAUUUUUGGAGCACUUUUUUUUGGUGGUAGGGAAGAAUACUCUUUUUUCUGGGCAAGGCUCAUCCUAUUAUGUUGGCAGAUCUCCCAGGUACCUUUCGUGGUGCGUGUUGCUGCACGGCUUCUUGUCAAGUGAAUAUUGCUUUUUCUGGGACUCUCAACUAACAAUUAAAGUGCUUUAGGUCAUUUUUCCAUUCAUGUUAAAUGAACAGGAAAACUUAUACUCUGUAGAAACCUAUAAAGAUUGCAUGAUUAGACAACUGAAUGAAAUGUAGUGGAGUGAUUGAUGCUUUUCCGUUUACCUUUGAACAGUGAAGCUACCUUUCUCAAAAGGGUUUGCAGAGUGACAUCUGAAGUCCUUCGGGCUCUUGUUAUGAUACCAGAUGCAGUAUGGGCUGGUUUACUGACUGCUCUUCUUGGAAUGUGAAGGUUGAUCUGAGAUUGAUCGGAAUACUCUAGUUUUUUUUUAAUCUUAUUCUAGUUUAAUAAUAGUAUAAAUUAAAGGUUGGUCCUGGAAAAAUUGAGUAAAAAUAAAUGAAAAAUGUGACUUGUCUUCCCCUUGAUUAUCUGCUGUACAUAUAAUUUUGUUUAGGCAGUAUUCUCUUGUCUUCUUGCUCUAUUCAGAUGUCUGCUGAUCAAUUUUCUCUAUUAUACUCGUAUGUUUGAGAAAUGAACAACUGUAAUUUAACUA